AUGACUACCCUUCGAUUUACAAGCAUCCUAGUUUGUGCUGUUUUACUAGGACAAGGGUCCUCUGAGAAAACAGCAAGGGGUCAAGACCAACAAAGAGAUGUCAAUCGUCAGGAGCUGCUAUCAAAACUGAAUAAAGAAGGCUUUCGGAAUCCACAAAAGAGCUAUCAGGACACAGGCAAGGAUGUGCUUCUGCCCCCUUGGAUGAAUAGUAUACUCGGGGGCCUUCAAACAUUGAGUGGACUACUUCCUACUAAGAACCUGGGUUCACUAAACCAGCCGUUUGACCGACAUCAUCUCUCUGGCUUCCUCUACAACAUCUCUCAGUACCUCCAAGAUAUGAGUAUUGGACUAGAGGGGGCACCUUUUGAUUCAGAUGACGAACAGCUGUGGGAGAAGGUGCUUUACUUUUUCCUCCAAUCAGAAGGGAACGCUGCACAGAACCAGUGGAACGGCCGUGUACCACCCCGACCCAGCAUCCAAGUGAAGGACUGGUUUCUGUCCCUGAGGGGCAGCCCCCACUGGGACUGGCUGCUGGGGAUACUGCAGAGCCUCACAUCCCUCAUGCAACGUCAGCCUCAUAAGCCCAUUCUGACUAUGUUGUCUCAGCACUGGAGGACAGUGAGUGCCGUCCUGGAGGCCGCUUUUCAGGCGCUUAUAAGUGGGACAUACGGUCAGGCCAGCGCCGGCUUGCAGGGCUUCAUCUGCGCACUGAAAGGUCACGCCGACUGCCCCUUUGGCAUCGGCUGGCUUCAAUACUUGCUUGGCUUCAUGGAAACGCGUAGCUGGAGGCCUGUUGUUAGUUUGCACUCAGCGGGGGAAGAUGCCCAACACAGAACAGGCUCAAGUGGACGGGUUAAGCCCUUCAGUUUGCCCCCAGAAGCCAUUAAGCCGGGUGCAAUUCUAGAAAAUAAUUUUUGGGAUGAUUCAAGCGCAACACAGGAAGAGCCAGAUUCCUUGCGAAGCUUAUUUCUGCAGGCGCUGACACGUACAAGUGGGGACAACUUGGUGCAGAAAAAUCUCGCUCUUGUGCAGAGUUUGGACAGGCUCAGAAUGGGCCUUCUGCACAGAGUGGGCAGUUCUGUUUAUGGGACCCUGAAGAAGAAAGUGUCACAAGUUACCAGGGCAAUGCUUGAUGAUGUCAGCGAUGUGGUUGACGCGCCCCAGACCAGUGCGAGGGGACAAUGCUCCGUUGGCGACCUGAGGCGGUUAAUCUUAUGGGGAAUAAGAAAUAAUGUGACCUGGAACACUCAAGCAUUGGGGCUUAAUAACCAAGGUCUCCCAAGUUCACUGCCAUUCCUAUCUUGCCCCGACAACGAUGGAAAAAAGUUUCGACAAACAGCUCCUCAUUCACCUCCUGAAUCUUCACCAAGCCAUCAAAUCAAUUCAAAAGGCCUUCACGAUCAGCGUCAUCAGUCAGAACCAAGAAGUGAGAGUGACCUCCAAAAAGAGAUGGAGUUCUCGACCACUGCCGAAAUUCUGGAGGCAGCGUGUAAUGAAUCUAUUCCAGGGCUGAGUGGUGUCUCCAACUUCACGGUCUUCCUCUACUGCAAACUUUUGGAAUGGGAGAACGAGUCAUUGAGUACUGCAGGGGGCGAAAUGGGUUUGGACCUGCACGCUACAUGUUCUGACGCAGCUUGGUAUCUGUCAGCGGCCGAGGAUGACCUCCUGUGGGUUCAUGUGUGCAGUGAAUUUUUUGCGCAAGAAUUCAACAACACUGUCUGUGCCAACUCCUCUUUCUGGCUACAAAGGUCACAUCUGGCUACCAGGACACACAACUUUAAUUUUUUUAACCAGACAAGCAUUAAGCAGCUGUGUGCGCACCUGUCGAACGGUAAGACAGGAAGCCCGGCGCCCGAGGAAGGCUGUUUAGCUCAGUUGGGCAGCAGGCUGGUGAGUGCCCAGGCUUUCCGACGUUGCUUCCUGCCCAACAGUUCAGCCCUAAUUUCCGCUCUGUGUGGGAGAGAACCCCUAAAUUCCCAACACUCCUUCCCAGAAGGCAGCUGGGCCGCAGCGUAUUGCUUUCGACAACAUAAUCUCUCCCGUGUCGAUGCCAUUGAGGGUACUUGCCAGUACAAGGAGUGGGCCGUGCAAAUGUUCCUGAAUGUGACAAUUCUGGAAUUAUGUGGGCAGACACAUGGGCUGAGAGAGCACAUGUGCCUGAACGAAUCGCUCUACCAUCAGCUUCUGAAAUCAAUGCCCCGCAUGUUUGAUUUCUGUGCUGAUCUCAGAGAAAAGGUAGAAGAUAGCAAGUGCUUACUUCAGAAAUUUUUCGACAUGCUCCCAGCCCAAUAUGAUUUGGACACAUCCCAACUGUGUGUGAAUCCGGCCCCCCUGAUGCUGGAUGUCUUACACAAGCUGAGUGUAUGUCAAGUAGAAGGAGGAGAGAACCACUGGUUUUUAGUGACGCUCGGAUACGUGUUGAGAGUGCUGGACUUCAUGGUGGGCAUCUCUUCGGGUUUGGAUGAGGGGGAGGGAGAAGCCAGGCAAGGUUUGGGUCAGGCUAUUCUCCUUUCCAGUCUCCUUGACAACACAUCCUGGAGCGCCAUGGAGCCCGAGGCCUCCACUAGCGUCCUUCACACCGUGGGAGUCUUCCUCCGCCGGGAGCAGAACGCUACACUCAAAGAGGAUCUGCUCAGUUGUUUCAGUCCCGUCUUGUGGGACCUCAUUGAGCAAGACAACAACUCAUCUGCUCUCAGGGUUCUGUUGCAGGAAUACCUCCAGAUGCCAGAAAACAGCAUUCGAACUCUUGUGAUGUCAGCUGAGAAAGACGCUGUCAAGAGGUUCCUCUCCCGAAUGCAUCAAAGCUGGGAUCACAUUCAAGUUGAAAGAAGACGGGCUUCCCAAAAAGAGCUGCAGGCCAUGGAAACAAUGACUGCUGCUUUUAUUCAUAAAUUCCCUCGAGUAACCCCAGAGCUAUUUGUGGAUUUGUCCCAGUUCAUCCCAUUCAUGUCUGUCUCUGACAUCAUGAGCUUCCCGGCCUCUGUCAUUGUCAAUGACAGUGUGUUGGCUGCCAUUCGUGACCACAGCUCGGAAAUGAAGUCGCCACAGAAAAAGGCAUUUGUGAAAAGACUCUUACAGUCAGGUGAUGUGGGGGAUGUCCCCACUUGGCCAACGUACUUCGUCAGCUCCAUCCUUCCACUACUGCCUUACCUACCUGUCCAUUAUUUUCAGCAACUGACCUCACAACAGCUUACCCCUUUGGUGGAAUUGCUUGGAAAUAGCAGCCUGGAUGGUGUGAGAGGACGCCAUGUUGUUCGGACUAUUUUCACUAGGAAUAACAUGGUCACCAUUGAUAACAUAUCGAGGCUUGGUGUUCUUGCAUGUUACCUGGAUCCACUUGACCUACAUCCAUUCCUUCUGGACCCAGCUCUUUACCCCGCUCUUCAGAAGCAGCUGGUUCAAUGUGUGUCCAAGGAUUUUAUCAGCUUGGGUGGCAGGCUAUCAUCCUGGUUGAUCCCAGCUAUACGGGCAUUAAAUGCCAGCGACAUGACUGCAGCAGAGUUGACUGGCCUGAGUGCACUCCUACCCCAGUUGGGAGCGUCGUUCUUACUGUCACUUCCGUCACACCAGGUCCUAGAGCUCCUUUCCCAAACAGGAAUGGGAAGAUAUUCUCCAGCACAGGCUUUUCAAAUAUUGUCCAAGAUUUCAAAAGACACGGAUCUCACCGUGGAAAAAUUGUGCAGACUGAAGCCAUUACACUCUGGGCUCUCCCCUGCUGUGCUCAGCAGCCUACGCUGGUCUGAAAUCAGUCAAACUGCUCACUGUCAAUGUUGGAAAAGUGUGCUGGCAGAGCUCAAGCCUGGCCAUAAAGCAAUGCUAUACAAUGCGAUGAAGGAGGCUUUACACAAAGAUUCACUCAACAUCACUCAGCAUGUAACCUGCCUCCUGCCAUUAAUCCCACUGAGGAAGCUGAUUGAGGCCCUAAAGAGGGAAGGCCUCCCGAGUGACAUAAGCUUAUACGGAGACAUCAACUGGUCGCCACAGCAGGCUCAACUUCUGUUCAAGUGGAUGCAGAACUCCAAAAACAUUACCAGCAAGAUGGUGAGGAACCUGGGCCACGUUGCGACUGGAAUGACAUGUAACUUUUUAAGACUUUGGAGCAAUGACAGUGAUUUUGCAGAGUUGCUUCACUUUGUAACCAUGUUGCCUGGAAACUUGAGACCUGCUCUGCGGAAAUGUAUUGUAGAGGAAGUGCGAAUAUCUCCUCAACUUGAUGUCACUUUGAGCCCUCGCUUUUCUGCUACUUUACCAGUGACAAUGAUGGACGACCUUUCCAAUACAUCCCUAAGGGCUAUUCUCGACCAUGUUCAGUCACACUUAGCUGAUUUCCUCCAGCUGCCAUAUUACAAGCAGUCGAACAUGGCAGAAAAGGCUGUAAGGGAACUGGGCUCCUCUUCUCAUAAUGUGGGUGAGAUUGACGGCCCUAUUCUGGACUUGCUGGGCCCUCUUCUGCCUUUCUUGGAUAGAGACAGUUUGGCUGCGGUAGACAAAGGUGCUCUGGCUUUGCGGCUGGAGGAAAUGAGGAGCUUCUGUUUUCCAAAAGAAGCCUUGCAAGAUAUCAGUGUCCUACUCACACAGAAAGACCUCAUGGGGGAACCAUCAAAGUGGAAAGCUGGAGACAUUGAACAUUUGGGAAGGCUGAUGUUUUCCCUUUCAGCAAAACAGAUUAACUCCAUCCCACUGAAAGUGUUGAAUAAAGACACAGUGGAACAGGUUCUUGUGGGUCAAAAACGCUGGGAGCAGAGCGCGGUUGGUGAAGUGUGUUUAAAGUGGCGCAAGGACCAACGUCUUCAAAAAGAGACAACUCAGAGCCUCGUGCGAGGGAUUGUAAAAGUCCAAGGCGGUGGUGCACAAGUUCCCAGCUGUGCAGACAUCAGAGGUACAUUCCCCUCUGCAUGGACAUCAUCUCAGUUGAGCCGCAUGACACAAGUCGACUUGACAGAGUGUGUAGAAGUCUUCGGCCAGGACACUUCACUGAGCUCUGAGCAGCGCCGGGCACUAUGGGUCAGACUUAGGCAGGCAUUCAAUCCAGUGAGUGAGCUCAGAACAGAUGACGUCCUGACUCUUGGUUCUCUGGUGACCGAGAUGACAGUUAGAGAACUGCAUGACAGCUCGCUGACUGAUCUGGCUGUGUUGGCCCAUCUAGGGACACUGUCCUCCUGGAGCACAAAGAAGAUGAGAACAGUCAUUUUGGGGGCAAUGCACAAGAGCAAAUUGAAAAUCGAGCAGCUUUCAGUCAUUGAGCUGGCGAUAUUUGGUCACCUAAUCUGUGGUUUAUAUCCCUCGGAGAUGAAAAGAUUGAAUGCUUACAACCUUAGCAUGGCGGUCCGGUUCCUUCGGGAAAUGUCCUUACCAUGCACAGAACAGCAGAUGGAGGCUUUGACAAGUCGUUUGUCCAGAUAUGAGGCCUUUGGUCCAGUCAGUGCUUGGGGACCUGAAGUUUUUACAGAAAUUGGGACACUGGCAGUGGGCCUGGAAGACAUUGUUUUGUCAGCUCUGACACAAGAACAAGUGGAAGGACUCACCACUGAAGCAAUCAGCCUGCUGUCACCCAAAAAGAUGGCAGUGGUGUUCAGUGCCAUUCAGUUAUCCUGGCUGACUGUGGAGCAGGCUUGGGCCAUCACUGAGGACCAGUGGACUGAGCUGGACAAUGAGCAGAGACAUUCUGUGGAACUCGCUCGCUACGAAGGAGAUGUACUUCUAGAGAUGAGAGGGAGAAAUUCAGCUACAGCUGCACUGAAAAAUGACUGCUUCGCUUUAAGCUUUGUGGCUCCAAGUCUCUGGUUAUGGCAUCUCAUUGGAAAUGCUUCAGGAAGUUUAAUUAGCAUUUGA